CUCUCUCUUCUCUCUCUCUUUCGCUCCUCAACCUCUGCUAUUUUUCCUCCUCCCACAUCGUCAUCUGCGGCGAACUGCCUCGCUGCUCACAUUCGUUUAGUACCUAUCAAUUUUCGUAGGGGGAAAGCCCGCGCAGCCUCUCCUCCGGCAGCAGUCCAAUUACACCAGCUCGGCUUGCCCACCGCAGGCCUCUGCCGCCAACCUUCGUUUAUUUGGCCGAGGAUACACUUUUUCUAGCACAACUAAUACGGAGUCCUGCCUGCAUAUAUACAAACGCUAUUCACCAUUGUCCCGAAAACAAGCUCGAUUAGCCCGGCCUUGACGGUGUUUGCCUCGCUAAAGCCCCGGUUAAGGCCUCUGCAGCUGCAGACAUUUCUUUCGCUUGUGGCCGAGCCACAUAAACUUGGAGCUUGCCCAUCAUGAUGCAAAGCCACCAGGAGGAGUACGAGGAGAUGGUAGAGAUUGGUGGCUUCCGGCACCAUCAACACACUGCGUCCGAUGACUCCCAUCCUCGAUUGCUCAACGACAACAUGAGGUCCAACCGCUCCAGUCGGGUCAAUCCUGACGACUACGCAUCGCCUCAGUGGCCGCCGUCGAUUGCAGGAACUGGAAGCUCCCCUUCCCUAACGUUAAGAAGUGGUGCCACGACGCCGUAUGACCACAUGUCUUCGUCUAAACACUUAAUUUUUGCCGAUUCAAGAUCGUCCACGCCAAUGACCGGGCGCUCUCCGAGCAAAGAGGUUAGCAGUAGCGACAGUGACGAUCAAAAUGGAAUCGCUAUUCUGCACGACCGAGACGAUGCCGACAUCUGGAAGGGCUGGAAGAGGUAUCUCUACACCCUGACGCCUCUUCUCACGCUGCUCAACACCGGAAUCUACUUGACGUACCUUGGCCUUCGUAUCGCCUGUGUUAUUCUGGCGCAAAAGGCGUCUGGCCUUACGUUCGCCGCCGCCUGGGUCUUCAUUGCCGUAGAACUAGCAGUUGCCGUUCCAUCACUCAUGCACAACACCUGGACCAUGUGGUCCCUCAAGAAGAGAAACAGGCCUAAGAUGAGGUUGACGGGAAACGACGUACCCACUGUCGACGCUUUUAUCACCUGUUGCGGUGAAGAUGACGAACUAGUCAUGGAUACGGUUCGCGGCGCUUGUGACCAGGAUUACCCCAUUGACAAGUUUCGAGUUAUUGUCCUGGACGACGCCAAAUCGGCUGGCUUGGAGCGAUCUUGCGCUAUUCUCUCGCACACCUAUCCGAACCUCUACUACAUGGCCCGAACAAAAAUUCCUGGACAGCCCCAUCAUUUCAAAGCAGGAAACCUCAACUACGGCCUGGAGCAGUCUAAUUUGUUACCCGGGGGCGCUGGCCAAUUCAUGGCGGCCCUGGACGCUGAUAUGAUUCCCGAGAGAGACUGGCUUCGCGCUUUGCUUCCUCAUGCUGUGAUGGAUCCUAAAAUGGCUCUGGUUUGUCCUCCCCAGUUGUUCUAUAACACGCCGCCAUCCGAUCCCCUGGCGCAGUCCCUGGAUUUCUUCGUCCACGUUAUUGAGCCUAUCAAAGACGCCAUGGGCGUCGCCUGGUGCACUGGAUCCGGCUACGUAGCUCGACGAGAGGCUCUGGAGCAAAUCGGCAACUUCCCUCUUGGUUCACUGGCUGAAGAUGUGGCUACCUCGACCCUUAUGCUCGGUAAAGGAUGGAAGACGGCUUACGUCCACGAACCCCUCCAGUUUGGAACUGUUCCUGAGGAUUACGGCAGCCACUUGAAGCAGCGUACUCGAUGGGCCAUUGGUACUGUGGACACGUCUUUCAAGCUAAACUUUUGUCUAUGGGGCGAAAAGGUCCGCGAAAUGACUUUUGCUCAGCGCUUCUCUGGUUUCCUCUACGCAGCCCUUAGUGUCUACACCGUCCUGCUGUCCGUCUCGCUUUUCGCAAUUCCCAUCAUUUUGAUCAUGGGCAAGCCUCUUGUCGCAUACGCCAACGAUACACAGCUGCGAUGGCUCAUCCGUGCGUGCUUUGCCAACACCAUCAUCAACCGUCUCUGCGAGUUUGUUCUCUUCAUUCCUGCUGGCUAUCACACUGGCCAGCGUGGUUCUCGUUAUCAGCUCUGGAUGUCGCCUUACAUUGCUCUCUGUCUUGUCCGAGCCUUCAUCUUGCCCAAGUGGCUCGGAGGGCAAGCGCAAGCUUUCAAGCCCACUGGCUCCAUCUCCUCGGCUCUGAAUGAGCGCGACCCCAAGCUGAAGAAGAACAUGUUCCGUCGCUUGUGGGUCAUCCUUGUCAACUAUAUGGCUGGAUUCCACUUCGCGUUUGUCUACUUGACUCUCGUUUCCGUCACCCUCGUCACGUACCGCUGCUUCUUCCAGCAAAGUCACACCACCAGGGACAUCCUGAUAGCCCUAGUGACACACGCUUUCUGGCCACCUCUUACCUUCAUCUUCAUUUGCAGCUCUCUCUGGACUCCCGUCGCCUACGCCAUUGACCCUCCUCGAAUGCCAGACCGAGAAGAUCUCCUGAUACGCGACGCCGAGACCAAGGUUGCACACCCCACGGCCCAGAGCAAGAAGAUUGCAUUUGGCGGCCAGGCCGCCUGGUUCGAGUUCGAAUACACGUUCUCAACCUUGUACACAUGUCUUAUAUUUGUCCUAUCUUUCCUUUUCUAAAGCAUUUUGGGGGACCUUGAGAGACACAAAUGCACAUUUUCACGUGUCUCUUAGCCCUCUACAACGUCGGAGUAAGGGUUUAUAGCCCGAGCGGGCAUCAAGGAGAAUUUGGAGGCUGCAGCAUACGAACCAAUCGAGGGGUUUCUGAUGGAAUAUUUGUCCUUUGUUUUUCGAUGGUAAAAGGCGUAUGGGAUAUGUAUGAACAUAGACGGGACGGAACACGUGAAUAACUUUGACUUGACAUUUAAAGUAAUUAAACAGCAUGUUCGGCUUGGUCGACGACAUUGCAGUUAUAGAUUAAUACGGCGAAAUUCGCCAUGUAUCUAGCGAUCAAAUAAGUACAUGUUUUACAAAGGUCCCCU